AGUUGAAGAUGGUCAGCGCGGAGCUGGCGGCUCGUCUGAACGACAGAGAGUACACAAACUGGCUGAAAGCGGGACGCUGUCUGCUCAUACUGAAGGAUGGCCUCCUCCCGUUUACCGACCGACACAUGAGGGCUUUCCACGGAGAUCUGCUUAAUCAAAGCGCUGUGCUCCGGAGCCCGUGCAGGGAUUCAUGUAGACCGAGAGGGAAUAAGCUGUUGGGAUGCAAGGUGUGUUCAGAGUGGCAGAAGGCGAUCCUGAGACACCACAGGCAGCCUGAUGUUACAGUCAACUGGGACAACUGUUUCCCUCCAUACUGGAGGACAGACCACUGGGAGGUGGCAAAGGCCUUCAUGCCACGAGGUCAGGCGAAGGUGAAGGGUGCGGAUAAAUGCGACGCCCCUGCUCUGCUUAACCUGAUCAACUACUGCAAGUAUUUCUCAUUCGUGGAUCCAAAACUGGUCAGAGAGGUGAUCCGAUGCAGGAACGAGCUGAUGCAUUCUUCUGAGUACCAUGUGACAGAUGAUUGGAUAGAACACUACUGGACCGCUCUGAACCACUUUGUGAAUCAAUUCAGAGACGUACCUGAGAUGGGAACAGUUGGAAACAAAAUAGACGAGAUGCUGACCCUCAAUUUGUCAAUAUAUGUGUCUGAUGUGGAUCAAAUGGAUUCUGGUGGCUUGGACGAUGGAUUAGAGGUUGAUUUUGUCAGCCAUAAGGAGUCGGAUGCUGAUGUCGGCCAAUGGGAAGCUGAGUUGCUGGAAGAGAUUCUGCAGGAGCUGCUGCAAGCUGCUGAUGAGGAUACUGAUAGCCAGACACAGGACACAGAGCGGCUGAAGAGUCUGGGAGGGUUCCUGCAAACCAACAAAGAUCUUAAUGAGAGGUUCUCUGCAGAGCUGCAAACCAUCAACUCUCUAAUGGCCAAAGAAAAAGGAAGAGGACGAAGUGAAUGAGGAGCACUUUGUGUUCUGUGUCCGUGUAUAUACUUAAAAUAGCUUAACUUCAGAACUUAAUCUGAAGGAUGAGGGCUUUAUAUCUAAGCACAGUGGGGCUUUAUUUAAAAAAAAAUUAUAUUAUAAUAUUUGAAAAAAGUCUUUUGAAGUCUUUCUGGUUUUUUGCACAUUUUUCAGUCUUAACUUUCAGUUGAUUGUAAUAAAAAAUGGGCACCUUAUGAGUCAUUGUCAAAACUGAAAUACAGAAAUGGAAAGUUCACAUGACGAAUAAGUGUUCUCUUCCUGUAUAAGCUAAAAACAGCUGGCAGCUGGGCAAGGGAACAUUACUUUAUUUGGUGUCUUAGGUCAUUUGAGCUCUUUUUCUAUUUUAAGCCAUAACUUUAAAAGAUGUAAAGAAGUAAAAUCUAAAUAAAAAUAUAGUUUUUAACCCUCAA